AUGGAAAGGUCUGGGUGUGAUUAUUCACAACCUCAUUAUGAUCGACCAUUAGCUGCUGCUAUAACACAAACAUGUAAACCUGAAACAUCAGCUUGUUUUGAAGAAACAUCACCUUGUAUUCAAAGUGAUUUCAUAUUUGCUCAUCAUCCUCGAACUCUUGCGUUUGGUCGAAGAGUCAGACCAGAUCAUUUCGAUAUCUGUCAUCCAACUUAUUCGUAUGGUUCAUGCUGUUGUUUCACACCUGUGUCAUAUGAACCGAUGUGUCGUUGUGGUUCAAGUUGUUACUGUGAUAAUAUGGGAAUGAUAACCUAUCGAGAUCAGCGAUGUCGACCUGCUCAUGCUACGUUUACAUGUAUUACGGAAUCAGUACCAAUUAUUCCACGAAUAUUCAUACGGUCUUGCCCUUCAUCUUGUUGUGAUUUACGAAAAACAGAAAGAAUAAUCACUCGAGAUUCUUAUCGAUAUGAACAUCAAAAAGGAUUCAAAAGUCCUACAACUCAAGAAACAACUACUACACAUACGGUCACGAACCUACAGGCGCAGAGAUCCAAUCAACCAAUUGUCAGUGGACAGCAAAAAACAUGUGACGACAAAGAAGGAUACACAGAACAUCAUCAAACAUACUUUGGACCACGCAUAAUGAUUAACAUUAUUGCUUCAGCAUUAUGCGAAUAA